CACGGCGCAUAACGCUCCGUGUGGUUGAAUACGUACGUACAGUCAGUCGUUUUGCUAUCGCUUCGAGAGAUUUACGUUCGAAAAAAACGUUGUAUUAAACAUGGCCUCGAACGCUGAUAAGCUGCUUUGGAUUUUACUAUUCGCGGGCGUUCUUUCUUACGGCACGCAAUGCCCUAUGCACGAAAUGACGGACGCAAAAGCUGCUUACAAAUCCGGCGAAAUACCGGACAGCUCCAUGCCUAUAACGUUGGAUAAUAUCAAAGCGAAACUCAAGGAGUCCGGCAUCUUUGACUGGCAGGAUGCGAGCUUAAACGACAGAGAGCGUAAGGAGUUAAGUAAGCUCUUUGAUGCAGUGGAAAUUAUGACUACAUCUCGCAAUCGACAGCCUCCGAACGUGCAAAACAUGUUCUCUACCCUGCGGCUCGUCGAGAGAGUCGUUAAGAAGCAACUCAAAGAGGGACAGAUAUCCGAAUCUUUAGCCGGGAAAUUCCAAUGGGAGAAACUAUCUACACGUCAAAGGCGAGAGAGACCGCUGUACCAUUUAGAUAAAUUCGCCAACGUCAGAAUGUACAAGAACAUUUCUUGAAACUUAAAAUCAUUAUUUCAUAUUAAUUAAAUUUAAUAUUUUGUAAUCUCCG